UCUGAGUGUUGCAGGCCGAGCAGUGUCAAUUCUGGGGGAUGGAACAGCUGACCUGUUAAGUAUCUCUAAUUCUGUUAUGAUUCCUCAUCCCAUACACAGCAACUCUGCACAACACACUCAGAUCAACAUGCCACAAUCAUAUGCUGGGAUCUGUCCUCUCUGCUGGAAAACCCCUCUUGGGAAUGAAGAUAAGAGGUGGGCUGCGAUCCUCGCUGUCAGGGUCACCACGGACAUUGAGUUGGGCAGAGGCGGCUGCUUGGGAACAUCUACAGCUGUCUCCGCGGCACGCACGGAACAACAUUCUCCGUCUUGGAGCCGAGGCGCGUCUUUCAAAUGACCCACAGUCUAGUCCCAAGGCCCGUCGUGCCCCAGCACUUUCCCCAGUGGAAAUGAGCGACGUUGGCUCCGAGCGCCCGGAGAGUUAGUCACGCGGCAGGGCAGCGGGGCAGAUUUGCUGCAGCAGCGUUUCCCUCAUGUCCCAGAAAUCCUGGAUAGAAAACACUUUCACCAAGAGGGAAUGUGUGUAUAUUAUACCAAGUUCAAAGGACCCUCACAGAUGCCUUCCAGGAUGUCAGAUUUGUCAACAACUUGUCAGGUGCUGCUGUGGUCGCUUGGUCAGGCAACAUGCUUGCUUUACUGCAAGUCUUGCCAUGAAAUAUACAGAUGUCAAACUGGGUGAAAAUUUUAAUCAGGAAAUAGAAGAAUGGUCAGUGGAAAAACACACAGAACAGAGUUCAACUGAUGCUUAUGGUGUCAUUAACUUUCAAGGUGGCUCUCAUUCGUGCAGAGCAAAGUAUGUGCGAUUGUCAUAUGACACUAAGCCUGAAGCCAUUCUACAACUUCUUCUUAAAGAAUGGCAAAUGGAGCUGCCCAGACUUGUUAUCUCUGUACAUGGGGGGAUGCAGAAAUUUGAACUUCAUCCACGCAUCAAACAAUUGCUUGGCAAAGGUCUUAUUAAAGCUGCAGUAACAACAGGUGCCUGGAUUAUAACUGGAGGAGUGAACACAGGUGUUGCAAAACAUGUUGGUGACGCCCUGAGAGAACAUGCUUCCAGAUCAUCUCGAAAGAUUUGCACUAUUGGGAUAGCUCCAUGGGGAGUGAUUGAAAACAGAAAUGACCUUGUUGGAAGAGAUGUUGUUGCUCCAUAUCAAACUCUGUUAAACCCUCUAAGUAAACUAAAUGUCCUAAAUAAUCUCCAUUCCCAUUUCAUACUGGUGGAUGAUGGAACAGUUGGAAAGUAUGGAGCAGAAGUUAACUUGCGAAGAGAACUGGAAAAAAAUAUCAAUUUGCAGCGGAUCCAUGCAAGAAUUGGCCAGGGUGUCCCUGUGGUAGCACUGAUAUUUGAAGGUGGUCCCAAUGUUAUCCUCACAGUUUUGGAAUACCUUCAAGAAAGUCCUCCUGUGCCAGUAGUAGUAUGUGAGGGAACUGGGAGAGCUGCAGACAUACUGGCAUAUGUUCAUAAGCAAACAGAAGAGGGAGGAAAUAUUCCUGAUGGAGCAGAACCUGAAAUCAUUUCAACCAUCAAAAAGACAUUUAACUUCGGUCAGAGUGAGGCAGUUCAUCUGUUUCAGACGUUGUUGGAAUGCAUGAAAAAAAAAGAACUUAUUACCGUAUUCCAUAUUGGGUCAGAUGAACAUAAAGAUAUUGAUGUUGCAAUACUUACAGCGCUGCUAAAAGGUACAAAUGCUUCUGCAUUUGACCAGCUUAUCCUUACACUGGCGUGGGACCGAGUUGAUAUUGCCAAAAAUCAUGUUUUUGUUUAUGGACAACAGUGGCUGGUUGGAUCCCUGGAACAGGCUAUGUUAGAUGCCCUUGUGAUGGAUCGAGUUGCAUUUGUGAAACUUCUUAUUGAAAAUGGAGUAAGCAUGCACAAGUUCCUUACAAUUCCCAGGCUGGAAGAGCUUUACAACACAAAACAAGGCCCAACUAACCCAACACUCUUUCACCUUGUUCGGGAUGUCAAACAGGGAAACCUUCCUCCAGGAUAUAAAAUCAACCUGAUUGAUGUAGGGCUUGUUAUUGAAUAUUUGAUGGGAGGAACCUACAGAUGCACCUAUACGCGAAAACGCUUUAGAGUCAUAUACAACAGUCUCGGUGGGAACAGUCGGAGGUCUGGGCGUAAUCCUUCAAAUAAUACUCCUCAACUGCGUAAAAGCCAUGAGCCUUUUGGGAACAGGGCAGAUAAAAAAGAGAAAAUGCGACAUAAUCAUUUCAUCAAAACUGCACAGCCUUACAAACCAAAGAUUGAUACAAGUGCAGAAGAAGGAAAAAAGAAAAGAACCAAAGAUGAAGUCGUAGACAUUGAUGAUCCUGAAACUAGACGCUUUCCUUAUCCUCUUAAUGAACUCUUACUUUGGGCUGUGUUAAUGAAAAGACAGAAAAUGGCCCUCUUCUUCUGGCAGCAUGGUGAAGAGUCCAUGGCUAAAGCCUUAGUUGCCUGCAAGGUGUAUCGUUCAAUGGCACAUGAGGCAAAACAAAGUGACCUUGUUGAUGAUACCUCGGAAGAACUGAAACAGUACUCCAAUGAGUUUGGACAACUCGCAGUUGAACUACUAGAACAGUCCUUCCGACAAGAUGAAACCAUGGCUAUGAAGUUAUUAAUGUAUGAGCUGAAAAACUGGAGUAAUUCAACCUGUCUUAAGCUAGCAGUGUCUUCAAGACUCCGCCCAUUCGUAGCUCAUACUUGUACACAGAUGUUGUUGUCUGAUAUGUGGAUGGGAAGAUUAAACAUGAGGAAGAAUUCAUGGUACAAGGUGAUACUGAGCAUCUUACUACCCCCUGCCAUACUAAUGCUGGAAUAUAAAACCAAGGCAGAAAUGUCCCAUAUUCCACAGUCUCAAGAUGCACACCAGAUGACAAUGGAAGACAGUGAAAACAACUUCCAGAAUACAGCAGAAGAGAUACCCAUGGAAGUAUUUAAAGAAGUAAGGGUCUUGGACAGUACUGAGGGAAAACAUGACAUGGAGAUGCCAACAAAACCUAAGCGACUUCCAAUUACACGAAAGUUUUAUGCAUUCUAUCAUGCGCCAAUUGUGAAGUUCUGGUUCAAUACGUUGGCAUACUUAGGAUUUCUGAUGCUUUACACAUUUGUAGUCCUUGUAAAAAUGGAAGAAAUACCAUCAGUUCAAGAAUGGAUUGUUAUAGCUUAUAUUUUUACAUCAGCUAUUGAGAAGAUUCGUGAGAUCUUUAUGUCAGAGGCUGGGAAAAUUAAUCAGAAGAUUAAAGUGUGGUUCAGUGAUUACUUCAACAUCAGUGAUACAAUUGCCAUUGUUACUUUCUUCAUUGGGUUUGCACUAAGAUUUGGAGCAAAAGGGAACUUUGGUGACAAUACUUACAGAGAAAAUUAUGUUUUUGUUGCUGGAAGACUAACAUACUGUCUAAAUAUUAUAUUUUGGUAUGUGCGAUUACUGGAUAUUUUAGCUGUAAAUCAACAGGCUGGCCCUUAUGUCAUGAUGAUUGGCAAAAUGGUCGCCAACAUGUUCUACAUUGUAGUGAUUAUGGCACUUGUACUGCUUAGUUUUGGUGUUCCCAGGAAGGCAAUACUCUAUCCUAAUGAAGCACCAUCUUGGACUCUUGCUAGAGAUAUUGUGUUUCAUCCAUACUGGAUGAUUUUUGGUGAAGUUUAUGCAUAUGAAAUUGAUGUAUGUGCAAAUGAUUCACAAGUUGGCCAUCUCUGUGGACCUGGAACAUGGCUGACCCCAUUUCUUCAAGCUGUCUACCUCUUUGUACAGUACAUUAUUAUGGUUAAUCUCCUUAUUGCAUUUUUCAACAAUGUGUAUUUACAAGUAAAGGCAAUUUCAAACAUCGUAUGGAAGUAUCAGCGCUAUCAUUUCAUUAUGGCCUACCAUGAAAAACCAGUCCUGCCUCCACCUCUUAUUAUUCUUAGUCACAUGGCUUCCUUAUGUUGUUGUAUAUGUAAAAGAAGAAAGAAAGACAAGACUUCAGAUGGACCAAAACUCUUCCUAACAGAAGAAGACCAAAAGAAACUUCAUGACUUUGAAGAGUUGUGUGUUGAGAUGUAUUUCAAUGAAAAAGAUGAUAAAUUCCACUCUGGAAGUGAAGAGAGAAUUCGAGUCACAUUUGAACGGGUUGAACAAAUGUGCAUUCAGAUAAAAGAAGUUGGUGAUCGAGUCAACUACAUCAAACGGUCAUUGAACUCUUUAGAUUCUCAGAUUGGCCACCUACAGGAUCUCUCUGCUCUCACUGUGGAUACUCUAAAAACACUAACUGCACAAAAAGCUUCGGAAGCCAGCAAAGUCCAUAAUGAAAUUACCCGGGAGUUAAGCAUUUCAAAACAUUUGGCACAAAACCUUAUUGAUGAUGGUUCUCUGAGAUCUUCAGUAUGGAAAAAACACAACAUUGGAAAUGUGUUUGGUUCUUCUUUUCCACAAGGAGACCUCGAGAGUAGUAAUGCUUUAUUAUGUAACAUUUCUAUGCACAGUGAAAGAGAUAUUCAACAUAAGACAAUUGGCCAGGAUUUAGCUCCAGUUUCCAGGGGGGAAGAACUAAACUUUCAAGAGGCAGGUUCCUCAGGCAGUGCCUUUUUUCCAAGUGCUGUUUCGCCUCCAGAACUUCGACAAAGAUUACAGGGUUCAGAGAUCUCAAAAUCCAUUAAUAAAAAUAAAAAAUUAGGCAAUUCAUCGAACAGCAUGCCACGUCUAACAUCCCCAACAGCUAAGUUAUUUGUUAGCACUCCAUCUCAGCCGAGUUCUAGAAGUCAGUUGGAAUCUACAGCAAACAAUGAAGCAGCAAUUUUAUCUAAGGCUACAGAAGGAGAUAGUAACGUAGAAUUUGGUGCAUUUGUGGGUAAGUAUAACAAAGUAGAUUGUGAAUGUCCUGAAGUCAUUAGUAGCUGCUCUUAUCCUCUUGCUUCUGGCUCUGCUUGCCUUGCUUUCACCCAGCCUUGUGUUGAAAGUGGAGGAUACGUUAAUUGUGGUUUUAUUCAUGAUGAAGAUGACACUAAUGAUUACAACUGCAGAAGCAGAGUUGAUACAUUUGAUGAGCAGUCCUCUGAGAACAGUAUCCAAAAGAAGCUACCGCUGUCAUCCAGCAACCAAGCAUCAACAGUAAACUGUGACCCAAGUGGUGGUUCACGUAAAAAAUUGAAUAUUAAAGAUGAAGUUUCCAAAAGCCAGCAUGUUCAAGCAAUGGAACCACCAAAUAGAGAUUUAAGUUCUAACAUCAUUACAGGACUACUUCAAAAACUGUGGACCAAAUCGAAACCACAAGGUCACAGAGACAGCAUGGAGUUACAACAGUUUAAGGAGUCAGCAAUUAAAAUUAAAGAAAAAAAUGCUAAUAUUGAGGAGCAACAAGAGGACUUUAAGAAAGCUAUUCUGGAGGGCAUGGAGAUGACCAAACAUCAGGUAUAUGGGAAGCAUUUGAUUUUGUUACAGUUGAGGAACCAUUGCAUCUGGCUCGGUACUCUUUCAUGCGGCAACCUAAAACAGGUUAAUUCUUGUGAUGGAUUUACAGAAUAUGACAAAAACUCUUUGGCAAUUCAUUCAGAACAAUUUCACAACAAAAGUAGAAGAGCAUCAGCUGAAGAUACUCAGCAAGUAGACUCUAAGGCUGCAUUGCUCACGGAUUGGUUACAAGGUAGACCUUCAAGUAGCAAUCAAAUGCCUUCUGAAGAAGAUGCUUUGAAUGGUAUUGCUUCUCCUUUCAAGCCGAUCAUGGACACCACUUACUACUACUCAGCUGUGGAAAGAAAUAACUUGAUGAGAUUAUCACAGAGCAUUCCAUUCACUCCUGUGCCUCCAAGAGGUGAGCCAGUCACUGUGUAUCGCCUUGAAGAAAGUUCUCCCAACAUCUUGAACAACAGCAUGUCUUCCUGGUCACAGCUAGGACUCUGUGCUAAAAUUGAAUUUUUAAGUAAAGAGGAGAUGGGAGGUGGAUUACGUCGAGCUGUUAAAGUAGCAUGCACUUGGUCAGAAUAUGAUAUUCUGAAAUCAGGACAUCUUUAUAUCAUCAAAUCUUUUCUUCCUGAAGUUGUGAAUACUUGGUCAAGCAUUUACAAAGAAGAGACAGUGUUGCACCUCUGUUUGAGAGAAAUUCAACAGCAGAGGGCAGCACAGAAGCUCACGUUUGCUUUCAAUCAAAUGAAGCCUAAAUCCAUUCCAUAUUCUCCAAGGUUCCUGGAAGUUUUCCUGUUAUAUUGCCAUUCAGCUGGACAGUGGUUUGCAGUUGAGGAGUGCAUGACUGGAGAAUUUAGAAAAUAUAACAAUAACAACGGUGAUGAAAUAAUUCCAACUAACAUGCUAGAAGAGGUCAUGCUAGCAUUCAGCCACUGGACUUAUGAAUAUACAAGAGGGGAGUUGCUGGUACUUGACCUGCAAGGAGUGGGUGAAAAUUUGACAGAUCCCUCUGUGAUAAAAGCUGGAGAAAAAAGGUCAUAUGAUAUGGUGUUUGGUCCCGCCAACUUAGGAGAAGAUGCAAUCAAAAACUUCAGAGCUAAGCACCAUUGCAAUUCUUGCUGUAGGAAACUUAAACUUCCUGAUCUGAAGAGAAAUGAUUAUACGCCUGACAAAAUUAUAUUUCCUCAGGAUGAUUCUCCAGAAUUGACAAUUCAGCCUGGAAGCUGCACCAAAGAAUCAGAAUCAACUAGUUCUAUUCAUCUGAUGCUGUAAUGACAUGAGCAAACAUUGGCUUUACACAGUGUCACUAAGUUGUAGAUUAUCUGUCUUCCACUAAAAUCAAAUGAAAGAGAGAUCAAAACAAAGAACCAAGUGUUAUAAGUGGAAUUUUGAUAUCUGGUCCGUAAUCUAAGGACCUAACAACUUGUGGUAACCAUCUACAGAGAUGAGCUGGCAGCUGAUUAUUUUAAGGGUUGAAUGACAAGAAUUUAUGAAAUGUUUUUAAAGGGUCUUUUUAGAAGAAGGUUAUUUUUAGUUUUGCUUUUGUCCAGUGGAGGUUCGUCUGAUCCUGUGGUGCAAUAGGCUCUUGACUAAAAGGACUUUUUUUGGGAUGUUUUAAGGCAAAGUGUCUGUUUGGCAGCUGGCUUACUGUCAGCCAGCUAGAGAAAUAGGAGACUGCAUCCUUCUUCAUUGUCAGAGGUUUCCCUGGGCUUUGUCAGAAGUGUCCCAUCUUAUUAGAUGCCAUGUAGUUUCAUCUGGCCUUUGGAAGGGAACAGAUCCAAAGGAUCUGUAUAUCGUGCCAGUAUGCUGAGGUUGAAGUCAGAAAUGGAUCUAUUCCAAUAAAGAGUUUGUCUCCUGAAUCAGGAUUCAACUUCACAGGUGUGAAGCCAGUUUUCAUGGAAUAGAGCCUUAAUUGUGUAAUGAAAUUUCUUGUUUUUAUACAUUUCAGUUUUAUCAAGUCACUGUCAAAUAGUAACAAAUAAAGCCAGGAUAGACUGGUAUAAUUACAUCAUAUAGUAGAAAAGAGUACAUGCCGGUCCAAACAAGAAGUUGCCUUGUUGAAAUAAAAAAAGAAACAAGUCGGGGAAGUGCUUUUUCUUGUAAUGACUGCUUCUGAAGUUAUGCCUUCCAAAAAUCUCAUAAAACCAGUAUCAAAGCAGAAUGUACACAUGAACUUUUAAAUGUAUUUAAAAUUGUAUAGAAACAUCUUUAAUGUUAUGUUGUUUGUGGUACUUAUUUAAAAAAGACUAGGGUUGGUUUAGCAUUAUGUAAAGUACGGGAGAUUGCAAUGCAACUUUAUGCCAAUAAAAUGUAAUUUAACUGUCCCAAGUCUUGUUGAGUAUUCAACAAGAAAAACCUGUUGUCCAACUGAAGUUUCAUGCUGCGAUUUUUAUUUUGUUUGUUACAUAGGUACUAAUUUGUAAUUUUUAAUUGAAGGGCAAUAUAAAGCUCUCUAAAUUUUUUUUUUAUUCAGUAGUGUAUCUUAUAGAUACAGACCUAAGGCACGAACACAAUAGCUGUUUAAAUCGUGUUUUAUGUUGAUGGGGGAAAGGUAAAGUGUAUUAAAGAUAUAAUACUGUAUACAUUUUGUAUAUCAUUAAAUCUUUAAAUCUAAAAUAAAUUUAUUCUUGUUUACAGA